AUGCUUCUCGCGGCUCUGGCGUCCGCCCCCGCUGCCCUUGCCCACACUGUCUUCACAGACUUCUUCGUCGAUGGCAUGCCCCAGGGUGAUGGUGUCGCCAUUCGCAUGAACCCCAAUGCUGCCAAGGCUAGCAGCCCCGUUCCCAGCCUCGAUAGUGAGGACAUGGCCUGCAAUGUCGGUGGUACAAAGGGUGUUUCUCGUGUCCAGCCCGCUAAGGAUGGUUCCCUCAUCACGUUCGAGAUCCGCUCAUGGCCCAACGACCCUACAAAGGAGCGUCUUGACCGUGGUCACGUGGGUCCUUGUGCCGUGUACCUGAAGAAGGUUGCCGAUGCCAGCACUGACAAGGCUGCUGGUGACGGUUGGUUCAAGAUCUUUGACCAUGGCUACGACUCGUCGACCGACCGCUGGUGCACGGAUGAGAUCAUCGACAACAAUGGUCUCUUGUCUGUGAACCUCCCAAAGGGCCUUGAGGGCGGUGACUACCUUGCUCGUCCCGAGAUUCUUGCUCUCCACGCCGCGAAAGACGGAGACCCACAAUUCUACACUGGCUGCGCUCAAAUCUUCGUUGAGAGCAGCGGAAACCUGGUGCCCGAAAGUACUGUUUCCAUCCCUGGCUACGUCAAGUACAACGAGCCAUCCACCGACUUUGACAUCUACAACAAGGAUGCCAAAGACUAUGUUAUCCCAGGCCCCAAGGUCGCCAAGCUCACGGCUGGUGGCAUGAAGAAGGCUUCGACCACGCAAACUGCGGGCCUGAAGCCCGAAGGCUGCAUCAUGGAAAACGCCAACUGGUGUGGUAAGGAGGUCUCCUCGUACAGCACAGAGAAAGGCUGCUGGGCUUCCGCUACCGAGUGCUGGGACCAAGCCGAUGUCUGCUACGACGAAGCCCCCGCUACCGGUAACGCAGGAUGCAAGCUCUGGCAGGAAAAGUGCAAGGACAUCAACGCACAGUGCACGGCUAUGAACUUCAACGGUCCUCCCAACAAGGGCAAGAUCCUUACUCCCGAAAAGAAGAGCAUUGAUGUUGGCAAGAUCAUGGCUGUUGUAGGUGGCGGUAUCGUGGAUGCUGCUCCUAAGGCUAGCUCCACCAAGCAGCAAGAGACACCCGCGAAGGCUUCUCCCAAGCCUGUAGCCGACAAGGCCACCCCUGCUGCGCCCAAGCCUACGGUCGAUGAGUCGUACGAGAGCCCUCCCAUUGUUGAGCAGCCGGUUGCUGCUGCGCCCAAGCCCACGCAACCCACGACGCUUUCCAAGGCACCCGUCUCCACCAUCACUGUUGCCCCUUCGUCUGCGAACGCGCCUGCGCCUACCCAGCCAUCGUGUCCUGAGGGAUACAAGUGUGUGUAUGUCACGGAUGUUGAGGUUGUCACCGAGACUGUCUACGUGACUGCUACAUACGAUGGGUACAACAAGAGGGCCAAUGUACCCCGUAGGAGGCACAUCAUGUACCGCGCUUAG